AUGGAGCGAGGUGAGGCACGCCGGUAUCUCUGGCGGGAGCUGUCGCCGCUGGACUUGCAGGCGCUGGGGCGGGCGCCGGUGGUCGACGCUCUCCACUUGGCGGGCAUGCUCCGUAUUCCGACCAAGAAGGCCCUGACAGACUCGUGGACGGCCGCCACGCUGGAGUAUCUGGCCUCGGUCCUGGUCUUUGCCCGCGAGGAGCAGCUGACUGCUCCCCAGACCUCGGUCGUCUUUGCUCUCGUCCGUGAGCUGCAUUCUCGCGCCACCCGCGAUGCCGCCCCGCUCGCUGAUGUGGUUGCUCUGGCCAAGUCCGUCCUCGCUGCGCACGCGCGCAGGGCGCCCGGUCUGCCAACUACUCCCGCUACACCUGAUGCUGCUAUUUCGGACGAUGACGCUGUCGACGGCGACGACGCGAGUGACGCCAAUGACGGGAACGCCCCCGCUGCCGCGGAGCUGUUCUCCCUGUCCGAGAUCAAGAACAUCAUGGCGUUCCUCUCGUCGACGCUCUUUCAGCACUACAAGCUGUUCCAGUUGGCAGCUAGCACGCCGCAGCCACAAGUCAUCACAUCCGAGGAUGUGCUCGUCGAAGUCCCGGCCCGUCCUCCGCCGCUCGCCGACGCCGUACUUCGCGACGAGUUUGUCAAGUCGCAGGCCCGCAAGCUCGAGGAUCUCAACACAAUGGUCGAAGCCGCAUCUCGUGGCCAAGCUCUUCAGGCCCAGCUGGAGAGCUAUCUCGAGAAAGCGCGCCCGCUUCUUGCUGCGCUCACCGUCUCACACUCGACCGCCCAGCUGCAGGCUCUGCUCGAGGCCAACGUCGCCGAGUUCUGCGCGCUGUACAAGGCUGGCGUCUCCGAGGCCAUGGCGGCCCGCGAGGCGGCUCUGCUGGCCAAGCUUGCCGAGCUUCCGGUUGCUGCUCCAUCGCAUCGCUCGCACAAGUCGUCGCGCGCUAUGUCGCCCACUCCUGGCGCGGCUGCUGCCGCCGCUGCCGCCACCGCCGAUGAUGCCGCGCCAACCAAGGACCGCAAGUCGUCGUCCAAGCGCAAGAACAAGUCUCGGCAAUGA